UCGGGAUGCCUCCAAAGUACGCGUGACGAAAUUCGCCGAUCACUACUCAAUCACUUGGCGGAACCCAAAAACCGAUUUGUCUGGCUCCGCGGCUCCCCUGGGACAGGGAAAACUGCAAUAUCUAUCAGCGUUGCGACUACUCUUGACAAACAGGGCGUCUUGGCAGCAUCUUUUUUCUGG